AUGAGUCUUAUUAGUGCUAUUACAGGUAACAUCAAUGGUCUCAAGAACUUCAUUACUGAAAUUCUCGAGUGCCAGUCCAAGGAACAAGAAGUUGCCCGUGUUAAGAAAGAACUCGCAAAGAUUCGCCAGAGUUUCGGCAAAUCCGGCCUCAAUGGUUACAGCCGUAAGAAAUACGUAGCUAAGCUUCUUUAUAUCCACCUUCUCGGCUACUCCUUUGACUUCGGUUUCCCACAAAUGGUCGAAUUGGUUGCUUCAAACGUAUUUUCUGAAAAGCAGAUCGGUUACAUCACACUCGGUGUUUACUUAAAUGGUAACUACGACCUUGUCACAAUGUUCAUCGAGCAUUUCCGUAAAGAAAUUCGUAAUCAAGAAAACGAACCAGGCCAGUGCCUUGCUAUCGCCGCUGCUGCUAACAUCGGUGGCCGCGAAAUUGCUGAAGCACUUUCAGGCCCAAUUCUUCAGGCUUUGAUCAAUCCAAAGAACUCCGACUUCGUUAAGAAGACAGCAUGCCUUGCUCUUUGCCGUCUUUACCGCGAAACACCAUCCGUCAUCCAGCUCGAGCCAACUUUCAUCGAAGGCCUCAAUCAGCUCUUAUUCAGCAUGAACUAUGGUGUCCAGCUUUCCGCAGCCUCCCUUAUCUUGAUCCUCCUCCAGCGUUAUUCCGAUAAGAUGGCUCUUGUCCUUCCAACAGCUCUCAUGCAGCUCGGAAAGAUUUUCUUCGAUGGAACUGUUUCUCCAGACUACUUAUACGGCCGCAACCCAGCUCCAUGGCUUAUCCUCAAGUACAUGCGUAUUAUCCAAUACAAGACUAACUGGGAUGAGUCAGAAACCGACAGAAUUACAAGAAUUCUCGACAACUGCCUCCAGAAGACAGAUGUAUCCCUUGCUGCCAAGGAAGUCCACUCCAACCUCAUCUUACUCUUCGAAGCAAUCAACUUCAUCAUUGCUCGCCAAUUCUCCAACCAACUUAUGCAGCGUUCCGCUUCAAUCCUUGGUGGAUUCCUUAACGCCAAGCUUUCCAACGUCCGCUACUUAGCUCUCGAGUCACUUACACGUCUUGUCCAGGCCAAUCCUUCGAUCAUUCCAUCUCUUGACCAGCACAGACAGACACUUUACCUUGCUCUUCGUGACCCAGAUAACUCCAUCCGCCGCAGAACACUUUCAUUACUCUUCGCUGUCUGCACAAAGGAGUCAGCCGAAGAAAUUGUCCACGAACUCUUGAACUACCUCAGAUUCGCAGACAUUACAAUGAGAGAACCACUCUGCCUCAAGAUCGCCGUCAUGGCCGAGCAGUUCGCUGAAGAUCCAGCCUGGUUCGUUGAUGUUGUUCUUCAAUUGAUCACAAUGGCCGGUGAUGAGUGCUCCGAUGGUGUCUGGCACCGUGUUAUCCAGGUCGUCUCCAACGUCCAGUCACUCCAGAGAUACGCAACAAUGACAUCUUUCGGAUCAAUGUGCGCAAACAACCCACACGACAGACUUAUCGCUCUUACAGCCCAGCUUGUUGGUGAAUACAUCCAAAUCACCGAUAUCAGACCAGAAGAAGUCAUCCAGGAACUCAUUGCCAAGUACAAGAUCGCAUCUGACAUUUCCAAGGGCAUCAUCAUCACAGCUCUUGCCAAGAUCGGUGCCAAGUACCCACCAGGCAAGCAGACAGUCCUUGAAUUCAUCCAGACAUUGACAUCCUCCACAAAUAUCGACAUCCAACAGCGUGCAAUCGAAUACAUUACAAUUCUCAACGCCCCACCACAAGUCAUGCAAGCCGUCUUCAAGCCAAUUCCACCGUUCGAGAACAAGAAGUCCUCCUUAUUACGUAAGGUCAUGCUCGAACAGGCCGAAGAAGGCCUCGAAGAGGAAGACGAAGAGGACAAGAACGAGGAAGACCCAUCCAAGUUCGUUACACAGCUUCCUACAAAGGCCGCCCCAGCAGCACCAGCAGCAGCUCCAGCACCAGAGCCAAAGAACAACGCCGACGCAAUGGAUCUCCUUGGCCUCGGCUCUCCAGCACCAGCACCAGCACAGCCGAAACCAGUUGCCAAGCCAACAGAUUUCGGACUUGGCGCUCCAGCAACACCACAGAACGCCGUCACAGACUUACUCAGCGCCGCACCAGUCACCAAUGUCCCAGCACCACUCAACGACAAGGAAGCCAUCAAGAAGCACUUCUUGGCGAACGACCAAGGUCUCUGCUUCGAAGAUGCCAACAUCGCUGUCAAUCUCUCGAUCCAAGUCAACCAUCCAAACGCCAUUCUUUCAUUCAACAUCCAGAACAAGACAGGAGGAAUCCUCACAAACGUCGGUGUCCACAUUCCACCAGUUCCAUUCCUUGCUGUCCAGUCCAAACCAGGCGCGACACAGAUCAACCGCGGAGAGAUGACUGUUUUCCAGUUCGCUUUGAGAGUCAGGCAACCAUUCAUCGACCCACCGUCAUACACACUCAGAUACACAUGGAGCGAACAGAGCCACAACGAGGUCUUAGACUUGCCAUUCAACAUCUUCAAGUUCACUGCUCCAUUCAACAUGGACUACAACAACUUCUUCGCUCGCUGGGGACAGUUGACUUCUCCUGCUCAACAGGCAACUGCUUCAUUCAACCCAGUUGGAGACCCAACAAACCAGAUGAAGCAGGUAAUGACAUCUGUCUUCAAGGUCCCUGUUUUGCCAUUGCAAGUUCCACCGGGCAACGUUUGCGGUGCUGGAAUUAUCAACGCUGAAGGUGGUGUUUUGGGUAUCCUCUGCAGAUUCUUCAUCGAAAACGGAAAGUGCAACGUUCAGAUCAAGGGAACAUCUCCUCAGAUUACUGCUGCAGUUCAGAAGGUUCUCGAUUUAUACCUCAAAUAA